AUGGAACUACCAGAGCCAAUCAUCUACGAUAUUAAGCCAACAAAGCUCAUUCCAAACUCCCCAAAGCCACUCAUACACUUCAACGGCUGUUUCCAUCGAGGUGGCAAAGUCGACCCUGUUCUCGCAUAUGACACUUUCAAGAGCAAUGGAUGGGAUCCACAAUGGGUCACUAGAUAUGGCAGCCACCAACGAUCUCACUACCACGGACAAGCUCAUGAAGUUAUGGCCGUGUUGUCUGGGCCAGGUGCAAUUCGCUGGGGUGUCAGAGACCUAGACGAUGACUCAGGGAAUCACACUUACGGAGGGGCUAAUGAGGAGGGCAGUCUGCAUAUGCAGGCGAAUGUUUGUGACGUUUUUGUUAUCCCCUCUGGGAUAACGCACAAAAUUUACAACCCUUAUACAGCAACAACUCGCGACGCUACAUGUCUGACGGGCGAUGCACAUUAUAUUGAAUCAGAGGACCCUAGGAAGUUAUUGGGGGAGCUGCCAUUCACUGAGUUUAUUAUGAUAGGAGCAUAUCCGAUGGGCUCAACUUGGACUUGGGAGGAAGGAGGAGAUCAUGUCGGGCGAUAUGAAUCUGUGGGAUAUUCCAAAUCCAGAGCGAGGUCCUGUUCGUGGGGAUCAAGGGGGUAUUAA